GUUGUGUGUACAUUGUAUAAAUAUUUAUUAAUUGUCACGAUUUCAAAAGUAUUGUAUACCUUAUGGUUUUUUCCUUUUGCUUUGCGUUUGGACGACGAAAAUAUUUAUCAAUAAAUGAUUCGGGAUUCAAAAUGUUGACAUUGGUUUUCGUCAAAGAGAAUAUAAAUACUACGUAAGAGUUUUCGUUCACACCGUGGCCUGAUUCAUAUUUUGUAAAUAUAUUUAUGUCAUUUAUUUGGAUCAUCAGUAGUUUAAGUUCGGCAAGUAAAGGUGUACCUAAUGGUUUAUCACCUUAACGCCUGAGUUCGAAUUUAAGUUUAUGUUUCAAAUUCCGCUUUGCGCAGCAAGUAAUGUAGUUUAUAAAAAGUGUGCGUGUUUUGUAAUCAUUGUAGAAUGAAAACAUGUCUAACUUAAAGACAACUUACCUGGUAGUUGGAGGCGGCAUAGCCGGCGUUACAUGUGUCGAAACUCUAGCAAUUUUACAUCCCGAAGAGAGUCUCAUAAUUAUUACCGCAUCUUCUUUAGUCAAGAAUGUAAGUAACGUUAGCUUUUACGCUAAAACAAUAGUAAAAUUUGAUGUAAAUGAAACAGAAGCAAGUUCAUUACAAAGGAUACAUCCAAAUCUAAAAAUUGUCUAUGAUUCACUAAAACAUGUAGAUACUGAAAAUCAAUUAGCUAUCACAGAUCAAGGUGUGGUCAUACAGUAUGACGUAAUGUGCUUAUGCACAGGUGGAAUACCAAGACUUAUAUCAGAGUCAAGCAAAUGCAGUCGAAUUCUUGGUAUAAGAGACACAGAGUCAGUUAAAGAAUUUCAGGCCCGCCUCAAGUCUGGGAGACGAAUGGUUAUUGUUGGCAAUGGAGGUAUUGCAUCAGAAAUUGUACAUGCUACAUCAGGCAUACAAAAAGUAUGGGUAAUUCGGGAUGAUUAUAUAUCAUCCACAUUUAUUGAUCCUGGAGCUGCAGAAUUUUUCCAAAACACAUUCAACAGUGAUGAAACAGUAGAUAAAUCAAAAAACACAAUCCUACAAAGGCAUGUGUUCACUGAAGAAGAUAUUAUUGUUUCCUUGAAUAAAGAUUUAAAAUCUGCAGCAUUGGGCCCUGAUUGGUAUAGAAAACUUGAAGGUAUUAAAAAUGAUAGUGGUGUUCAAGAACUUGAGAUUAUUUACAAAGUUGAGGUAAAAUCUGUUGUAGAAAAUGAUGGUGAAGAUUAUCCACUUAAAGUAGAACUUACAAAUGAAAAAACAAUUUACUGUGAUUUUUUAAUAUCAGCCACUGGGGUUGAACCUGCUGUCAAUUUUACUUGGGAUAAAGAACCAAAAAAAGGCUCUGAUGGAGGCUUAGCAGUAAAUGAGAAUCAAGAGACAUCUAUUAAAAAUAUUUUUGCAGCAGGUGAUGUAGCAUGUGCUGCCUGGAAACAUGCUCCACAUUGGUUUCAAUUAAGAUUAUGGACUCAAGCCAGGCAAAUGGCUGGAAUGGCUGCUAAAGCUAUGCAUGGGAGAAUAACAAAUGAAGAAGUGCUUCAAGACUUUUGUUUUGAAUUAUUUACACAUUGUACCUCUCUGUUUGGGUACAGAGUAGUGCUUUUAGGCAAAUAUAAUGGACAAGGCUUAGGUAAUGACUAUGAGAUACUUUUGCGUACAACUCCAAAACUAGAAUAUAUAAAAUUUGUAUUGCAGAAUGGGAGGUUGCAGGGUGCUAUUUUGAUAGGGGAGACUGAUCUGGAGGAAAUGUGUGAGAAUCUAAUUUUAGAUCAAUUGGAUCUCUCACCUUUUGGUGAUGAUAUUUUGAAUCCAGAUAUUGACAUUGAUGACUACUUUGAUUAGUUUAAUAUAAAAUAACUGUUGAAUAUGAAAAAGGCACUUCAUAUACAGGGAAGCACAUGUUGUUUAUGCAUCUAUUAUUCAAACUAUUGUAUUUAUGUUUCUAUUAACUAGAAUGUUUUUUUGAACAAUAUGUCCAUAGCAUGUGACAACAAUUAUUGCUUUUUGUGCUAUAUAAUUUAAGAACGAAUAUAAUGAGUGUAUUGUUUUUCACUAAUGUCCAAAAUAUUUAAUAUUGUUAAUAAUUAAAUAUGUUAUAUAAUACAUGA